AAGAGUCUGCAAAUUUUGGCGUUUUCUUCAUUACGAGUUUACGAAUUCAGUCAUCACUUCUUCAAAUUCAAUUUCAAUUUCAAUUUCAAUUUCCUCCCCAAGUUUAUUUACUUUUCAACACAAGCUUUUGAUUUCAACUUCAUCUUCUUUGAUGAUUCUGAUUCCGAUUCGAAUUCAAGUCUCUUUUCUCAUCUGCAUGUCUCUGUUACAUCCGAUUCAGCUAAAAUUCUGCUAAGUUUUGAUCGGAAUGGGAUUCUUUAGCACCGUCUUCGGAGUUCUUGGUUUCGGAAUCGGACUUCCUCUCGGACUCUUGGUUGGAUUCUUCCUCUUCAUCUACUCGGAGCCUAAAGAUGUUGAGGAACCAGUAACGAGGCCUGUCUGUGAGUUGGACGCAACUUCUUUGCAAGAUCUAAUGCCUGAAAUUCCAUUUUGGGUGAAAAGCCCCGAUUACGAUCGAGUGGAUUGGUUAAACAAGUUUUUAUCGGCCAUGUGGCCUUACCUUGAUCAGGCAAUUUGUGGUAUUAUAAGAGCCAUUGCCAAACCUAUAUUUUCAGAGUACAUUGGGAAGUUUCAGAUUGAAGCUAUUGAGCUUGAGCAGCUAAGCCUUGGAACUCUUCCUCCAAAACUUCAUGGUCUAAAAGUGUAUGAAACAAAUGAGAAAGAACUGGUGAUGGAACCAGCAAUCAGAUGGGCAGGCAAUCCUAACAUAGUAAUGGUGGUGAAUAUCUUGUCUCUGCGCAUCACAGUUCAGAUGGUAGAUCUGCAGAUAUUUGCAACGCCACGGUUGGCUCUGAAGCCUCUUGUGCCUACUUUUCCUUGUUUUGCCAAUAUCGUAGCAUCUUUAAUGGAGAAACCACAAAUAGACUUUGGAUUGAAGGUGAUGGGAGGAGACAUCAUGUCUAUACCCGGUCUUUAUCGGUUCACUCAGGAGACAAUUAAGAAACAAGUUGCAAGCCUCUACCUCUGGCCUCGGAAUCUUGAAGUUCCUAUCCUCGAUCCUUCGAUAUUGGCCACGAGAAAGCCUGUGGGGAUAUUGCAUGUGAAGGUUGUACGAGCUUCAAAACUCUUGAAGAUGGAUAUUUUGGGAACCUCUGAUCCAUAUGUCAAACUAAGCCUGAGUGGUGAGGGGCUACCAGCAAAGAAAACAAGUAUUAAAAUGAGGAACUUGAAUCCUGAGUGGAAUGAGAAGUUCAAGCUUAUUGUUAAUGAUCCCAAAUCUCAAGUUCUUCAGCUACAAGUCUAUGACUGGGACAAGGUUGGUGGACAUGAUAGAUUGGGAAUGCAGUUAGUUCCUCUAAACUUGCUUCCACCCUUUGAGACCAAGGAACUUGUGCUCGAUUUGCUUAAGAAUACAGACGUCAACAAUUCCCAGAACAAGAAGCCUAGAGGGAAACUUGUUGUGGAGCUCAUGUUUGCUCCGUUCAGAGAAGAAAGCAUGAAACUUCUCGAAAAUUCAAACAGUGACGUGAAGAAUGAAGGCAGAAGCAAUGGCGAGUUGGAGAUUGAGAACCAGACAUCAGGCGGAGCGGGUGUAUUAUCUGUGACAAUUCAGGGAGCUCAGGAUGUCGAAGGGGAGAAGCACAAUAACCCUUAUGCUGUUAUACACUUCAGAGGAGAGAAGAAGAAAACAAAGAUGAUUAAGAAAACCCGUGAUCCUUUGUGGAAUGAAGAAUUCCCAUUUAUGCUAGAGGAGCCUCCUAUUCAAGAAAAGAUCCAUAUUGAAGUUCUGAGCAAGCGGACUGUUUUCAGUUUUCUGCGAAAGGAAUCGUUGGGACAUGUGGAAAUCAAUCUUGCCGAUGUUGUAAACAAUGGAAGGAUAAACGAGAAGUACAGUCUGAUCAAUUCAAAGAAUGGAAGGAUUCAUGUAGAAAUGCUAUGGACAAUGGCUUAAGAACGGGGAGUAUAGAAAUUUAGUAAACUUUUGUUUCUUGUUCAAAAAAUAGAAAUUUUGUAAACUCUCAAUAGCCUGAUGGAGUCUGGUCUCCAAUUGAAGCUAAAAGAACUUGGGUUGGUUCAAGCCAUCUGCUCUCAGUUUGUGAUCGGGGUCAAUGGAAAGUCGAGGGUAGCCACGACAUUGCUUCAGGGAUGUUGGGUAACUUUUCCAAGCCCUCCAUGGAAUCCUUCUGGUCAGAAUAUUGUCAACUUGCUAUUGUGAACACCGAGUCAGACUCAUAAGAAAAGGCAUCCCCAGUGAAUAAUGGAAAGAUAGAAGAAAUGGUAGAUCGAACCGUUGCGUGAAUUUGUCGCCUUUCCUUUUUUUCCUCCAUUUUGCAAUAAAAGUUCAACAUUACUUGAAAA